AUGGAGGCGGUGCACGCCGCCGCCGACGCCGCUACGUCCGCGGCAGACGCGUCGUCGGCCGACGCACUAAACGUCGGCGACGUGUUGGCAACGGCGUCCGACGCGACGUCGACCGCCCACACGCACGCGACGACGGACCACCUCGGUGGCGACGUCGCCAACGUCACGUGGUCGGCGCAGGGCGCCGACCACGUGACGUCUCUCCUCGGAAGCCACGACGGUGGCGCCGCCACGCUGCGGAACAGUGUCUACGACAUGCUCCCCUUCAACACAACGUUCGCGAACGCCACCGACGACGACAUGUUCACCUUCGCUACAACGUUCGCGAACGCCAGCGACGACUACGAUAUGUUCAGCUACAACGCGACGUUUGCGAACGACAGCAUCCUGUACGGAUACGCGCCGACGACGUCGUCGCCGCAGCAGCACGGGUUUCACAUCGACUGGUCCAAGUGGCCAUUCAUCAUCCUGAGCGUGUUCGUGCUGACCGGGGUGAUCGGCAACGUACUCGUCAUUCUGGCUAUCCUACUCGAGAAGAAGCUGCAGAACGUGACCAACUACUUCCUGCUUUCGCUCGGCAUCGCAGACCUGCUCGUGUCAGCCGUCGUCAUGCCGCUGGCCAUCAUCACCGAGUUCUACGACUCGUGGCCGUUCGGUACGAUCGUCUGCAACUUCUACACGACUACGGACGUGCUCUGCUGCACUUCAUCCAUCAUGCACAUGUGCACCAUCUCGCUCGACCGCUACCUGGGCAUCAGCAACCCGCUGAAGACGCGAAACAAGUCGAAGCGCAUCAUCUUCGCGAAGAUCUGCGUCGUCUGGCUCAUCUCGUUCGGCAUCUCCUGUCCGCUGACGGUCCUCGGUGUCAUCGACGCAUCCAACAUCCUCCUCAACGUCACCGUCGGCGGCAACGACACGGCGGCGCUCACCGAGGGCGCGCUGCCGCCACCGCCCACAGAGAAGACAAUACAGCUGUGCAUGAUCAACAACGACUUCUUCAAGAACAUCGGGUCGAUGAUAGCCUUCUACGUUCCGCUCGUCAUCAUGGUGAUAACGUACAGCAUGACGGUGCAUCUGCUCCGCAAGCAGGCGAAGCUCUGCUGUGAUAAUCCGUCCGAGGGCGUGCGGCUGCGGCGUACGUUCGUGCAGCAGUCGCGGCGUCCGCGCGGCACCGGCCGCGAUUCGUCGCUACGGCGCGAGCACAGCCAGGAGCAUCUCGGCAAGUACACUCGCUCGCCGAGCACCACGCCGGAGGACUCUCUCGAUCUGUACAACCCGCUCACCGCCGACCCGGCUACAGCCUCGCAGCAGCAGCAUCCGCAUCGUAAGAUCAGCAAGAUGACGAACAUUCGCUCGCAGCUGAAGAACCGAGCGUCGAGCAUCCUAACGGCCCGCCGGACGUCGCUGGGCGCCAGCGCGGUCGCCAACGAACAGAAGGCGACGAAGGUCCUCGGCAUCGUCUUCAGCACGUUCGUUCUCUGCUGGUCUCCCUUCUUCACGCUGAACGUCAUCUCGGCGAUCUGGGGCGACAAGAUCAAAAUACCCGAGAUCCUCUUCAUCGUGUCGCUGUGGCUAGGGUACAUCUCGUCGACGUUGAACCCGUUGGUGUAUACGACCUUUAAUCGGACGUUCAAGCGCGCCUUCAUCAAGAUACUGAAGUGCGCGUGCUGGCGGAGGAGGCGGCGGCACCGGUGGGCGUCGAACGGACGCGUGAACACUGUGAUCUUCAGUGCAUCGUUCACGAACUAUAACGAAGAUUCCAGGUGCUGAUGAACGAUGGACCUAGG